AUGAUAUGGCAGCUCAGACAUCACAUUACUGACAUUGCCCAGGUUAUCUCAUAUGCCAAAUACACAACGAAGUACAGUGUUGUGCUGCCGGGCAUCUGGCCACAAAUGGAUGGACUUGCGGACAGAUAUCGGGGCAGGAGAGCUUGUUACCAGGAUCGUAUUGCUUCCCUCGCAAGAGAUAAUUAG